AUGAGAGCCAUCAGCUUGAGCGACUUUGCUCGCAAACUCAAUGCUGCCCUCGGCUCGCAUCAGCACGUGCGCGCUCUCGGCGUUGCUCUGUCCGGGGGACCAGAUUCGAUGUGCCUACUCGACCUACUUCGUCGGCUUGAUCGAUACGAUAUCUAUGCUCUCACCAUCGAUCAUCGCCUGAGACCAGAAAGCACUCAGGAGGCUCAGACCGUCAGGCGGGUCGUUGACGCCUUGCGUCGACUGAGCAGCCAACGAAGACUCGAGCAUGACAUUGUCAGCAUUCCCUGGGGAUCACCGAGCUUCCCUCUACGACCGACAGCACGUCAGAAGAACGCCGAGACGCUGGCACGACAGGCACGGUUGACGCUGUUCAAUGCUCAUCUGGCAAGAUUCAACCUCGAUCAUCUGCUCCUUGCUCACCAUCUUGACGAUCAGAUAGAAGGUGCACUCAUGCGCCAGGGUACUCACAGUGAUCUGCAUGCUGCCACGGCCGGCUGGGAUCCAGCGGCACUCGGCAACGUGUUGAUGAAGCCUUCGAGCUCGCUCCCUUGCGGCAGUCAUACCGUCAUUCGACCUCUGCUUGACUACCACAAAUCUCAGAUACUAGCGACUUGCACCGAAAAUCGUGUGGCAUACGUCGUCGAUCCUUCGAAUGCCAUAGCAGCGUUCACUCGACGGAAUGAGCUGCGUGAAAAGAUCAAAGCGUUUGAUCUGGCCGGCAGUAUUUCGGGUCCCCGUGCUUCCCUCGCUGCAUGGACGCAAAGGCUUUCAUCAAGGUCAAGCAUGAUGUCGGAGAAGCGAGACAUGCUGUAUGCACAACUUGUAUCCGUCUCGACGGAGGACGAUCUGUUGUUGCGCUUGCCUCAGCGACCCAUAGCGCCCUCUCGCCGCCGGCAUCUACUUAGGCGCAUCUUGGCGAGCUUCUCGGAUCGAUCGACUCGGGGCAUACGUUACGCCGAGCUUGCAGCGCUGUCCGAAGUCGUCUUUGGUUGGUCCCUGGCAUCCCGCAAUCGCCUUCGGCGUAGUAGCGCUUUCGAUACCAUCUGGACGCGCACCAAAGCAGGUUGGACUGUUACGAAAGCCACACGUAAAGCACAGCAGACGAGCUGUAAUUGA